CAGGAAGUGACAGAGGCGGAUAAGUGGCUAGCUUAGGGCUAGCGACCAGAAAUGGUUAUGUUUAUGAACAUUUUAAUGAAUUUCUUAACAAGCUGGCACAAAUUGGACAAUUUAUCCGCGCAACAGGGCUGAGUCCAGACACCCUCCUGAGGAAUCUCAUUUCAACCACUUGAACUUGCAGUCUCACUCUUUUGGUCAUUACCCAGAGUUCAUGACCAUAUGUGAGGGUGGGAAGUGGGAACGAAAUUGAGGGCUUUGCCUCCCAUCUCAGCUCUCUCUUCACCCCGAUGGUCCAGUACAACAUCUGCAGUACUACUGACGCCGCACAAAUCCAUCUGUUGAUCUCACAGUCCAUUCUCAUGCUCACUCAUGAACAAGACUGUGAGAUACUUCACUUUAGGCUAGGACCAGCAGAGAACCAUGGCCUCAGACUUAGAGGUGCUGAACCUCAUCCUGUCUCGGCAAACAAACUGCCCCAGUGCCUGCUGGAGGGCCCCGGCAGAAGAAUCCAACAGAACUACUGUGGAACGCAGCUGUAAAAAGAAUCAACAAUGGGCCAAAGAAGGAGAACAGCAACUGUGAACACGCCUUUUCAGAGAGUCGCUGGAGCUCUUGGGGAAGUUUCCAGAGUCCCCCGUAGGAAGCACAACAUCUGCAUGGUGUCUGACUUCUUCUAUCCAAAUAUGGGAGGAGUAGAAAGUCACAUUUACCAGCUAUCCCAGUGCUUGAUUGAGAAGGGACACAAGGUGGUGAUUGUCACCCAUGCCUAUGGCAGAAGAAAGGGUGUCAGGUACCUGACCAAUGGACUGAAGGUCUACUACCUCCCCCUGCAAGUAAUGUACAACCAGUCCACAGCCACUACCUGCUUCCACAGUCUCCCACUCCUGCGUUGUGUGUUUGUAAGGGAACGCAUCUCUGUGGUGCACGCACACAGCUCAUUCUCUGCUAUGGCCCAUGAUGCAUUGUUUCACGCCAAGACCAUGGGCCUCAACACAGUGUUCACUGACCACUCUCUCUUUGGCUUUGCUGAUGUGAGCUCUGUGCUGACCAACAAGCUUCUGACUGUGUCGCUGUGUGAUACCACUCACAUCGUGUGCGUUUCCUACACAAGUAAGGAAAACACAGUGCUCCGUGCCACACUCAACCCAGAGAUCGUUUCAGUUAUUCCCAACGCUGUUGACCCGACAGACUUCACCCCUGAUCCAUCCCAGCGCCAAGAAGACAACAUCACUAUUGUUGUGAUCAGCCGCCUUGUCUACCGUAAAGGAAUUGAUCUUCUUGGUGGAAUCAUCCCAGAGCUCUGCCUCAAACAUCCAGAUCUUCAUUUCCUUAUUGGUGGAGAGGGACCUAAGAGAAUUGUGCUGGAAGAAGUGAGAGAGAAAUACCAACUUCAUGACAGGGUUCGUCUGCUGGGAGCAUUAGAGCAUAAAGAUGUACGCGGAGUUCUGGUGCAAGGUCACAUCUUCCUCAACACGUCUCUGACUGAAGCUUUCUGCAUGGCUAUCGUGGAGGGAGCAAGCUGUGGACUCCAGGUGGUUAGCACGCGUGUGGGGGGUAUUCCUGAGGUGUUACCCGACGACCUUAUCACCUUAUGCGAACCAACGGUGCGGUCGUUGUGUGCUGGUCUGGAGACGGUCAUUGCCCGGCAGCGUUCAGGGUCAGUCCCUUCCCCAGCCUCUGUCCACACUCAUGUGCGAAACCUCUACACGUGGAGGAAUGUUGCAGAAAGGACUGAAAAGGUGUACGACAGAGUGGUUGGCGAGGAGGUCCUUCCUCUUCACAGACGGAUACACAGACUGAGGGCUCACUGUGGACCUGUUGCUGGCUCCAUCUUUGCCUUUGUAGCUGUUUUAGACUUUCUCUUCCUGCUGCUUCUACAGUGGUUGCUGCCAGAUCACGUUAUGGACGUUGCUGUGGACGCCACCGGCCCUCAUGGUUUGUGGCGGCAAGAAACGAGUACUAAAGACGGUGCCAUGAAGGGAGCAGCUGAAAAACGAACGCCAUCAUAGCAAUCACUGCAUACUUCUGCCUCACAUCUAGCUCCACUUUAUGAGUCAAAAAUGGCUGUUGAAGGCAGAAAGAGUUCAUAGUGACUAAAAAUAUUGUUUACAUGUGCAUAUCAAAGGGGACCUUGUUUCGAAAACCUUUAUUUAAGACUUGAAAAGGGUUUUUUAUUGAGUAAAAUUAAAACCUGUGAUGUUAAAGGUAUAAUAUGCAACAUUUUAAACAUACAUUCAACAGAUUCUAGAUAUAGCACUGAGUAAUGAGUAUGUUAAAAAGGAGUAAAGUAAAACUCUUCUGGGUUUGUUGUUCUUAGCUAUUUGUUCACACUCAGUAUAUUUAUAUACACGGUGAAGUCAAGUUGAUUGGGCAGUUAAACUGGUCUGCUGUCCUUAACCUGUUAUAACAGCACAGUGAGAGAAUUUGUCAUGGCCUGUAUGCUGCCAAGCCCAGUAAUCAAGGUCAGAUGUUGACGCUGUGGAGCAUGUGCAGUUGACUGCUUCCAGCUGACAUAGAUGAGAUACGAUGGUAAUAUGUAAAGGAAGACAACAAGAUGACUCUUGCUAUAUUAUCAGCAUUCAUGCUCAUUAACUUCCAGGUCAAAGGCCGUGGAAGAGACUGUGAAGCAUGCAGAGAACGUCUGGUCUGGUCUAACUGAGGCAUAUAAAUGUAAUUGUAAACCAAUCUCCAACUGCAUCAUCUGAAUGUGCUAGACUUUGUUUAUGGGCUUUACAUGCAUUUCCACCUUCAGCUGACUUAGCCAAUAAUUUGAAUUUCUCUGAAUGCAUGUGAACAUACUGACUGAUGGCUUCAGUCUGUCUGUUUAUCUACCACUAAGAGGCUCAAACUGUUUCAUACAUCUUUAUUUUUUCCCCACUUAGGGACGCUUUCAGUACAGGCAAAAUGGUGGAGUUUUGUUGCACAGGUACAAUUCAAGACUUUCCAAGUAAAAAAGACUUUAUUUGGUAUAAAAUACUUGAAAGAUAUGGAAAUUGAACAUUAGGAUGUACAAUUAUGUGCAUAAAUUUUAGGCAUGUAGGGAGCUAAGAGUUCAUCACAGGGUACUACAUGCCAUGAGGGACAUUGCAGUAUGCUUUUACAAAAAAACAAAGCAAAAUUUAAGGUUUUAAAGUAGUAAAUUGUUUUCAUUAUCGUAAAAAUAUUGUUAAAAUGAAUGCAAUUUAAAA